GGUUAAUGCUCGGAAGCUCUGCUAUAACACGAUGGAAAUGUGGCCGUGCUUAAAUGAUGCGGAAAAUGGAGCUCCGAUGCAAGCUACUGACUGUGAACGGGAAGAUGCGUACAAAUUCUGGAACUGGUCGGAUAAGAAUCGCAUUUCAUACAGUGCAAUGAAAGCGUGUAUCCUGCUAUUGGAGACUUUGGAGUAUACAGCGAGUCUUUGAUGAGGGAAUCAGACUAUACCGUCCUCUUAAAACCCCAUAUGUUCCCUAUAUCCAAGACGUCUAUCCAUCCCUUUAGUGAAGUGAAUGGGCUUUGGGGGUGUCCCAGCCCGGCGAACC